UCGGCUGACUUUUGGCUCUGCCACUUACAUUAUUUCAUAAGACACAGAGAAAAUAAAAUGUACCAAUUGUUUUCAGUAACCCCACAUGACCUCAUACCCGAGUUGGUGUUGGGGGGUCGUACUACGUACAAUACUCCUUUUAUAGAAAAUAAAUAUAUUAGUAUCUUUUAUUUAAGGAAAUUCAAUUGCCGUUUUCAAAUUUAUCGUGCUAAAAACGACUUUUCAAUAUAAAAGAAAAAAAAAAAUCCAACGGACUCAUCUUUCAGCACGACAACAAAUAAUAUCUUAUAAGCCAUUUUUUUCAAUAUUAAUGUAGUAUUUAAUAUUUUUAUAAAAUUAUUUUUUCAUUUAUUUUAAAAUAAAAAAAAAAAGUAAAAUAGUUGGUAAAUCGGCUAAUAGCAACAUACAUACAUGAUGCCAACGUAAAGACGAAGCAUUUAAAUAGUCUCUUAAAUACCAAAAGAAUAAACAUAAUAAGGAUAAUCAUCACGCCAAAGUUCCUUCUCAUAUCACAACCAACAAAAGCCACUGCUCCUUUCCUCAUCUCUCCUAAACCCUUCCCUCCUCCUCCCCCAACACAAAAAUUUCUUCUUAAUUCUACUGGUUUUCUACAUGGAUAUUAUCCAAAACACAGAUUUAUUCAAAAACAAGACCAAAAGGACAGCACUAACCUAAAAGAAACAGCCAUGUUUAUCACUAGAUGGUUCUCGGAUCUCGAUUGGAGAUUUCUCUUAUUAAUCGCUCCUCCUCUCUCUUUUUUAAUUUUUAUAUCUGUUUCCUCUACGCCCAUCAGUCCUUUCUCCUCUUUCCCUCCUCUCGCUUCCUUUUUCUUCAACAGAACCACCGCAGCCUCACUGCCCCUGAAUCGGACCGAACUGCUUCCAAUUAGGUCGUGGAAAGAUGAGUUGGACCGGUCCAGAAUAGCGGUUUGUUUGGUAGGUGGAGCCAGGAGAUUCGAGCUAACAGGUCCGUCGAUUGUGGAUAAUAUUCUCAAUGUCUAUCCAAACUCAGACCUGUUCUUGCACAGUCCGUUAGACCAAAAUUCAUUCAAGUUCUCAUUAUUGAAGAUCGCUUCAAGACUUGCUUCUGUUCGAAUCUUUCAGCCCAAACCCAUGCCCGAAACAGAGUCCCAGGUCCGAGUUCUGACCGCCGCUAAUUCACCAAAUGGCAUCCAGGGGCUAUUGCAGUACUUUAAUCUAGUAGAAGGAUGUCUGACAAUGAUAGAGGAGUACCAAACGCAAAACAACUUCACAUACGACUGGAUAGUCCGUACCCGUGUUGACGGAUACUGGAAUGCCCCACUUGACCCUGAUAACUUCAUUCCGGGUCAGUAUUUGGUCCCACCGGGCUCCACUUACGGCGGGCUAAACGACCGUCUUGGUAUCGGCGAUUUCAAUGUCUCAAUAAUAGCACUCUCACGUCUUUCUCUCAUCCCAAAACUCGACUCGGCCGGGUUUCGGCUGCUAAAUUCUGAAACAUCAUUCAAAGCCCAACUCACUACUCACGGUGUACCUUUUGUAACUAAACGUCUCCCGUUUUGCAUUGUCUCGGACCGUAAGUACGGGUUCCCGCCAAACCGGUUUGGUGUGCCGGUUGCGGCACUGGCUAGUCCUGGUCCGCUAAGUGGAGCGAAGUGUAGACCGUGCACGCCAGUGUGCAAAGGAAGCUGCGUCGGAGUUAUAAUGCAAUGGCUUGAUAAAGGGUGGAGUUGGACUAACUGGGAGAAUGGGACACUUCAACUGUGUGAUGCUCACGAAGAUUGGGAAAAUGGGUGGGAGAUACUUUUUGAUAAAGUUGCUGGGAAGCAACGCGCCGCCGCGAGGAAGCGUGUUUGGGGUUUGAAGUUGAAGCAAUGUGUGGAUGAUUUUAGUGACAUGAAGAGGCGGGCUGGGAAGUGGGACAGUCCUCCGGUGGAAGACAUGUGUAGGCUCGGCGUUGGGGAGAAGAAUUAAUAUAAUAAUAUAAAGUUUUUGUUUAGCUAGUUUUAGGUUGUUAGGGAGGUGAUUGUAAAAAGAUGAAAAGAUGAAGGAGUACUUUUAGAUUUUCUUUUUUAGAUCGGACUGAAUAGUAUUCUUGUAGAUUUUUAUGUUUUAAAUUUGUUACAGAAAAUUUUUGAA